AUGAAGUCCCGUUCUUCAGUUUCUAUAUAUAGAUAUGCUUUGCUGUCGGGUUGCCGUUCGGUGGAGCUUGAUUGUUGGGAUGGACCUAAUGGGGAUCCGAUGAUUACACAUGGACCUACUCAUAUUUGUUUUUGUACAACAAUACUUUUUAAGGAUGUAAUCAAAGCAAUAGCCGAGACAGCAUUCGUUACUUCGGAUCUCCCAGUAAUCCUAUCAUUUGAAAAUCACUGCAGUCAAAAGCAACAAGUCGUGAUGGCCCAAUAUUGCAGGGAAAUACUUGGAGAUUUGUUAUUGACUGAAAGCAUUGAAAAUUACCCUAUUGGAAAACCAGGCGUUAGUUUGCCUAGCCCAAAUUUAUUGCGAAGAAAAAUUUUGAUUAAAAAUAAAAUUGAAGAAAAAAGAAAUGGAGGAGGGGCUGUUUCUGAUACUCCACAGAAGGAACAAUUGAAUACUUUAACAACUAUUAAUUCUAUGGAUAAAAUAUCAGAAUUAAAAAAUAUUAAUUUAAAAGAGAAUAUAGGAUCAAUGGAUUCGGUUACUGACAGGCCUGAAUUGGAAGAGGAGAGGACUGUUACAAGGAUCUUCAUCGGAGAGUUGGGGUCGUGUGAUGAUGAUCAACCUGCUGGGAGCAACAUAACAAGACAAACGACAACAAGCGUUGAAAGCUUCGACAACAAAGUUUUAUCAUCAACAAUUACACCAACAACCUCUACCUCAACAAAUACAACAACAAAUACAAAUAUUACUGAAGCAACAACAACCUCAACAGUAACAGAAUUGAGUGAAUUAGUUACUUAUAUGCGCGCUAUGGGAAAAAUAACAAGCUUUGAACGUUGUAAUGAGCGUCAAAUUAGCACAGAGCUUUAUUCAUUAAAUGAAACAAAAGCUAUUGAGUUGCUUAAACAGUAUCCAGAAGAAUUUAGUAACCAUAAUAUACGACAAAUUACACGUGUUUACCCCAAAGGAUCCCGUGUUGAUUCAAGCAAUUAUAUGCCUUUAAUCUUUUGGAAUUGCGGUUGUCAAAUGUCUGCCAUUAAUUUACAAACUCCCGAUUUACCCAAUCAAAUAAAUUUUGCCCUUUUUGAAAUGAAUGCUAAAUGUGGUUAUAUAGCUAAACCUGCUUGUAUGAGUGAACCAAAUCUUAGUUUUAGUCCUUUUGAGUUGGAUAGAAUUGAAAAUGUUGUUCCUUAUUCACUUUGUUUAACUGUCAUUUCCGUCCAAUUACUUUCUCUAAUUUGUGAUAAACCAAAAAUGGCAGUUUAUGUUGAAAUUGAUUUGUUUGGACUUCCAGGGGAUUCGAGAAAAAGAAUGUUCCGAACACCUUCAGUAACUUCUGAUGGACUUAACACUAUUUUUAUGGAUAUCUAUGGUGGGAGUUCUUUCCGCGUGGAAAAGAUUAUUUUGCCCGCGAUGGCAUUCUUACGCUUUUCAGUAUAUGAAGAAGGCACUUCACGUAUGUUAUGUCAACGUGUUAUCCCUAUUCAAGCAAUGCAGCCUGGAUAUCGCCAUUUAGAUUUAAGGAAUGGUUUUAACAAACCUCUCGGACCAUCACUUUUUGUCCAUAUAGAAAUACAAGAUUAUGUGAGUGAUGCCCACAGGGAAUUAGUUGACGCCCUCCAAAAUCCUAUACAGGCCGCACAAAAACAACAACAAUUAAGUGAAAAGGAUCGCGAGGUUAGAUUAGCACGUGAGGAACAAAAUCAAAGGUUGCUUGAAGCAUUGGAAAGUGUAGAAAUGGGCUCAGAUGGUGAAGAAGAAAAUAGUAAAAGUAUGGCUGUUGCCUCAGGAACACCCCAAGGCAAUGGAAAAUCUGCUUUGUCAGAACAAAACCAAAAAACAUUAAUUGAAGGAGUUCAAACAACAGCAACAGAAGACAGUGCUGCUGCAAGUUGUAUGGACGAUUCUGAUGGAAAUAAUAAUUACAAAAAUAAUAAAAAGAGAGAAAAAGGAGGGAGCCGUUUUCAGAAACGAAAAACUUCAGAAAAUACGGGUGGGUGGCAUAGACUGCCAAGAUUUCAUAGAAGGCAUAAAGGGGAGCAGGAAAAGUAUCACGCCUCUUCAGUCUCUCUAGAUGAAAUAUCUGGCACCUCAGCAGGCGGUUCAAGCAUCAGAAAUAAUAUUAAAACUUCAAGUGAGAGAAAAAUGACGACAGCUUCAGAUACUUCUGAUAAGCAAAGGAAAUCGCGUUUGGAAGAAUUAGAAGUACAAUUACCUUCAAUGGAGGAAUAUGAAUUAAAUCAUAAAAUACAAAAAUUGUUGAAGACUUUUGCAAAGAAAAAUUGUUGUUUCCCCAUUCUCCCUUCCAACUUCCCCCAAUUUACUUCACAAUCUGCCAGGCGGUUGUCAAUGGCUUUUGGGACAGUUCCAAAGAAAAAUAAUAAUAUUGACAAACUUUCUUGGCAUAAAUUAAUUAAAGACAUUAAUGACAGUAUCGAAGCCCUAAUCGAAUCAGACAAAAAACAAUUUGUAAAAACAAUUGAAUCUAGUUAUGAAAAUGAUUUAAAAGAAAUUCGAGAGACUAAUGCUCGUCUUAGACUUAUUGAACUUAAUGGAGUUACUAAAAAGAAUGCCCCAAUGGAAUACAAACGCCUUUCAGAUAAAUAUGUAAAAAGAGGAGUAGAAGAAAACCGUCGUUUACUUGGAGUUAAAAUGACCAAAUUGGAAGAAUUGGGCGAACAAGCACAUUCCCUCAAACAAAAACUUGCCAACAAAACAAAUGAAAGGUUCGAUGAAGUACCACAAAUUAAUUCGGAAUAA